AUGGGUGAGGGGGAAGACGAAGCGCCGAAUUCCGCGCGGCCGGAGAGCGAGAUGAACAACAUCCUCAUCCUUCCGCCAGCCCACGACACUUUGCAAGAAACUGCCAAGGAUCAAUUGAACCAUUUUUGUCAACGAGUUACUAGUAAAAUGGAUGAAUACAAUGAGUUCCUGAAGCACAACUCGGUUGUGGUGUUCGCAGUGAACUAUAUACAAAAUCGUUUCAUCGCCGCUGAAUUGUGCACGGAAGUAGGCAAACUAUUUGAGAUCCUCAACGUUAAAACAGAACCCGAGUUCAAGAAAGCGAUCGAAGCGCUUCGGACAGAAACAGACACAGCCGCGACUGUUGAAGAAUUCGAAACGGUCACGAGGAACUGGGACAGCUUUAUAGAGGGCAUUGAGAAAGAUUUGGACGAGAAAGUUGGCCCAAGCACCACAACUGCCAAUGAUGAUACCCUUCCGGAGUUAUGUGUGGGAAGUAAGGCGAUUUCUCACUAUGUGAAAGGAAGUUCUUUCCAAAUGGUGCUCGUAGUUGUAGUGAGGUGA